GUUUUUCGAGCAUCUCCUCUCCACCGCCACCCGUUUUCCCCUCUUUCGUCUUUUGAUCUCCGAGCUCCGAACGCUCCAAUGGCGGAAGAGCUCCAGUUCUCUUCUCGCCUCGACAACAAGCGAAAGUUUGAUGACGCUGCCGGAUCUCCGCCGUCGCCGGUCGCCCAGCCGCUGGCACGGCGGCCGACGGGGUUCUCGGCACCGAUCGCGUCGCCGGAUGGCCACUCUGCCGGGGGCGCGCCUCCUCCGCCAUACAACAACGUCCCGCCGCCUGCCGACGGGAUCCAGCUCGCCAAGCAACGGGCGCAAGAGAUCGCGGCGCGGCUUUUCAGCGAUGCCGAGGCGAAGCGCCCUAAGGUCGAAAACGGCGGUGGCGGCGCGGAUGAUUCGGCCGAUAAAGGGUUUAGCUCUGACCAUUUGCAGAAGCCCCUUGGUCAGCAAAUGGCGUUACAAGGUGGUGUGUCCGCCCCUCUCCCAUAUUCCAUGUAUGGCUAUCAAGGUUCAAGCAAGAAGAUUGAAAUUCCUAAUGGAAGGGUUGGUGUCAUCAUUGGUAAAGGUGGAGAGACGAUUAGGUAUCUUCAGCUACAGUCAGGUGCCAAAAUUCAAGUUACUAGAGAUGCAGAUGCUGAUCCUAAUUCGCUAACUAGAACGGUGGAGCUUAUGGGUACUCCUGAGCAAAUCAGCAAGGCUGAUCAGUUGAUUAAGGAUGUGCUUGCGGAGGCUGAUUCUGGGGGUUCUGGCAUUGUUGCUGCUCGAAAAUUUAGUGGUGGACAAGUUGGCGCAGAGCAAUUUGUAAUGCAAGUUCCAAACAACAAGGUUGGUCUGGUCAUUGGUAAAGGUGGUGAAACAAUAAAAAACAUGCAAGCGAAGACUGGAGCUCGUAUCCAGGUGAUACCUUUGCAUCUUCCUCCAGGUGAUACAUCGACAGAAAGAACGGUACAGAUAGAUGGCACAAAGGAACAAAUUGAGUCUGCUAAACAAUUAGUCAAUGAAGUCAUUAGUGAGAAUCGAGUCAGGAAUCCACAGAUAGCUGGAGGAUAUUCUCAGCAAGGUUACCAUCCGCCCCAGCCUCCUAUGAGCUGGGGUCCACCUGGAGCACCCCCAAUGCAGCAACCUGGUUAUGGCUACAUGCAACCUGGUGCAUAUUCUGGGCAGCCUCCUCAAUAUAACAUGUCCCAACCUCCUUACGGAGGCUACCCUCCCACAUCUAGUGGAUUUUCUUCUGGCUGGGAUCAGUCAUCAAAUCCUCCAACUCAGCAGACCACGCCAGGAAGUGGAUAUGAUUACUACAACCAACAGCAACAGCCACAGCAGCAGCAACCUGCUGCUCCAGCAGACAAUACCACUUACAAUUAUGGCCAGCCACCUAGAUACAGCUCACAAGGGUCAUAUGGGAGCACAAUGUACUCCCAGACCACUGUUGGCCAACAGCAAGGUUAUGGGCCAGACAACUAUUCUGGUGGCUAUCAGGCUCCUGCAUCGCAGCCAGGAUACUCUCAGUCACAGUCAAAUCCCCCAGCUGGCUAUGAUCAUCAGCAAGGUUAUGGAUCCACGCCAACAUAUGCACCACCCACUAACCCAAGUCAAGAUGGAUCUGCCUCCACUUAUGGAGCUCAAGGUGGGCCUACUCAAGUGCCCUCAUCUCAACAGGCUCCACCAGUUCAGCCUACUGGUCCCCAACAAGGGUACGCUAGUCAACCACUAAGCACAACAUCUCCAGCCUAUCCUACACAGGGGACUGCACAGCCUGGAUACGGUGUGCCCCCAACUUCACAGUCAGGGUAUGGGAGCCAACCCCCUACUCAGGCUGGAUAUGGGCAGGCCAUGCAAUUUCCCCAGCCUGGCUAUGAGCAGUCUCCUCAAUCCCAGAAACAACCUACCCAGCCAGUUUAUGGUCAAGCCCAGCAGCCACAGACCACUCAAACUGCUUAUAUUCAGCCUGCUCCAGUUCAAUCAGUUUACUCCCAUGGGCAGCCACCACCAGCACAAUCGGCAUAUGGGUCUGUAGGUCCUCAGCCUGGAUAUGGGCAGCAGCAGGUAUAUGGCAGUAUGCCACCACCAGGCCAGCCAGGCUAUGCCCAGCAGCAGCAGCAAUACACUGAUUCUUAUGGUGGCAAUGUUGGUGGGUAUUCAGAGCAAUCUGGUGCUGCGCAUGGUUCUUAUGAUGCUCCUGCUGUGACACAGGCUGUUCCGAGUGGGGUAGCAAAAGCCUCUCCUCCGAGUUGAUCGUUGAUAUCAUGUAGCAAAGUCUUUAUGUAGUGUUUUCAUCUUAAUAGUUUCUACUGCUUCUUAGUGGCCUGAAUUUCGGAAGACUUCAGUUUCUGUUAUUGUUAAUUUGCGAAGAUUUCAUCUUCUUGAAGUUUUUUUCCCCUCCAAAAUGACAAUGCCAAAAGUGCCUUUAAGUUGUUUAAAACUGGUGGUAGUUUUAUUCAAACAACUUUCAGUUGAUCCUGUAUUGCAUUUGA